AUGAGAUACACCGGAUUCGCUGCUAUGGGCAUGAUGGGCUGUGCCCUCGCCCUGCCCCAGGGUCCCCCUGCUUUCAUCAGCGCCCCUAGUGACGCGCCCAUCCCAUGCAGCUCUUCUCCCAGCGGCACUCCCACUGGCACUCCCAGCGGCACUCCUAGCAGCACUCCCACCGGUAUUCCCACUGGCCUCCCCUUCGACAAGCGCCAGUUCCACCACGGACCUCCCAGCGGUUUCCCGACUCCCACUGGUACUCCCUCCGGUACUCCUUCUGGCACUCCCAGCGGCAUUCCUACCGGGUUCCCCACCAAUUUGCCCUUCUCUCUUCCUUUCGAGAAGCGCCAGGAAUUCCCUACCGACCUGCCUUCCUCCUUCCCCUGCUCCACCCCCAGUGGCUUCCCCACUGACUUCCCCGCGCCCACCGGUCUCCCCUUCGAGAAGCGCCAGUUCCACCACGGACCCGGCCAUCAGGGCCCUCCUCCCAUCGUCUUCUCGAAUUCCACUGUCUCUCCUUCCUCGAGCUUCCCCACCCCCACCGCCACCCCCAGCAGCUUUGAGAAGCGUCAGUUCCCCACAGACCUUCCCUUCUCUAUCCCCAGCAGCAUCCUGAGCGCCUUCCCCACUGGUUUCCCUACCGACCUGCCCUUCUCUCUGCCUUUCGAGAAGCGCCAGGAGUCGUCCACUGGCUUCCCCACCUCCACUCCCACUCCCUCGCCCUCCCCUAUUGCUCAGUAA